AAGAGACCGGUCAGAGUUGAAAGGUUUCCCAAGUUCUCCGUUGUCGCGCUAAGCUAAUAGCUGAAGAAGCUUUCUCUCUAAUUAAUUAUUAAAAUGUCAGCUACAGAAGAAAACACAGAGAUGGCUACCCCGUGUGUGCUUGUCACUAGCUGUGACAGUGAGUUUAAAGAAGAAGAAUUGAUAAAACAAAUUCUCAGUGCGAAGACUUUGCCUGAGCCGACGAAGCGAGAGGAACCAGUGGCCUGGUACCCUUGGACCAUCAACAACAAAUACUAUACAGCAGAUGUCAGGCUGUGUGUUGUACCAAGCACUUUUCACAUGUCAUCAGAGAUUGCUCAGUCCAUGCAGGCUUUCAUCGCUUAUUUUGACAGCAAAGCGAAAGAUGGGCUGCAAAAGCUACAGCCUUGGAUAUCGGUGGUGGAAGAUCUUGCACCAGAGGUGCUCAUUCUGGUCUGUGACAGAGUCUGUGAACAUGGGGUCACUAGACAUGAAGCACAGCAGUGGUGUUUGGCUCAUGCAUUUGAGCUGGUAGAGCUAAAUCCUCAGGAGCUGCCAGAUGAGGAUGAUGAUUUUCCAGAAUCCACAGGAGUAAAGAGAAUUGUUCAGGCUCUCAAUGCAAAUGUGUGGUCCAGCGUGGAGAUGAAGGAUGGGCACAAUCAGGGCUUUGGUCUGAUGAGCAGUUUGGUGGCUUCCAGACAUAACAUCCCACGCAACUGCCAAGAUCCACCAUCUUCCAGUUUACCAGUAGAGGGCACUAUUAACAAUGAGGAGGCCAACCAUACAGAAAGUGGGACAAAUGCAAACACACAGGAAGACACAGUAGUUGAUGCAAUGACUGAUUUGGACAUUCAGGAGCUUGCCAAUCUCACGACUGGAGAUGCAGAUGCAGAUAACUUUGAGCGCCUUUUUACCAAAUUAAAGGAGAUGAAAGACAAAGCGUCUUCAUUACCGCACGAGCAGAGAAAAGUUCAUGCGGAAAAGGUGGCAAAAGCAUUUUGGAUGGCCAUUGGUGGUGACGAUGAUGAGAUAGAUGGGUUAUCAUCAGGAGAGGAAAGCUAAAAGUAGCUACCUGUAACUUGGUCUCCUUUCACCUGAACCUCCUGUUUUUCUUGGGGCUUCCACAAGAUUCAGCAGCCCAGGACAUCCUGCUUGCACUUGGAAAGUGGAGAUGCUUACAGAUGACACUGUAAGCACUAGUAUAUUUAGAAACUGUGGACUCUUAAAAUGAAAUGAUGUCCUGGGAAAACCAGAUGGGAUUUCCUGAUUGGAGGAGAAGCUAAUGAGUGGCCCUGAUCCUAAGUCUACUCCCCUGGGUUCCUCACUAUGCUUUAGCCCUAAGUGAACCUCAACAUAUGAUUGUGUUGAUGGUGGAAAAACAUGAAAUUAAAGUAUGUGGUUUGUGUAUUUGUCUUUAAGUACCGUUGAUGCAUAUACUUUAAAGGUAAAUAAUGUGCCUUAUCCUUAAAAGACAUUUAACGCACACUGGAAUAAAUCAACACAAAAUCUUGGGAUUUUUAAUGUUUUGUUUUUGUAGUGAUCAUGGCUUAUUUGCUGUGAAUACUGUCACAUUACAUUGGUGCACAAUGUCUAUUCAACUCAUGUAAAAGAAACACUUAUUCUGCAUUGGAGUAGCUCUGCAAUAAAUAAGGAAUAAUUUGGA